AUGAGCAGUAAUAAAAGAAUUGAGACCCUCGCUGCUCGCCUGGUAGAACCUAACGAUCCUCGUGACAGGGCACAGGAUUCCGACGACGACGAAACGCUCUUUGCAGAACUGGAAGCCGAGAUAGAGAAUGACGAGAACUACGCCAUGAGAGAGCAAGGCCUUGAGGUUCUCAAAAGAGAAAUGGACAAGAUGCAGGCGAUGAAACAAAAUCAGCAUGGCUCGUACACGGAAAUCUUCGACGAGAAAGAAGUUAUUCGGGUUACCGCACAAGAACCUAAAUCUGUUGUCCAUUUCUACCAUUCGAACUUCAAACGGUGCGAAAUCAUGGAUAAACAUCUUGCUGCCUUGGCACCUAAAUAUUUUAAUACUCGUUUCAUUCGAGUUUUCGUCGAGAACGUACCGUGGCUAGUCGAAAAGCUUGCUAUCAAGGUCCUGCCUUGCGUCAUAUGCUUUGUAAAUGGAACGACGAAGGAUCGGAUAAUAGGCUUCGAAGAGCUUGGGAAUAACGACGCCUUUACGACCGCUAUGUUGGAGCUGAGAUUAUCCGUGUCAGGUCGGUCUCUUUACAAGAUUCUAGGUAACCCUCCAGGCGUAUUGCAAAAGCAACAGCCGCCCGGCGUUAAUGACAUUUACAACGUGUCUUCCUCGAGUGCCAUACGCACGAAAAGGAAAGAGCAGGAAGAUGAUCGUGACAUAUUCGAUCUGGAUGAUUGA